AAGGAACACUAAUUGCAGUCAUUGGGCACCAAAGAUUGCAAGGUGAGGAGUCCAUAAUCCAAGAGAAGAGGAAAGCUGUUCUCACAUAUAUUUUGAUUGCUGCUCAGUAAGUUUGGGAUUCAUAGCUAGUAGCUGGGAAGUUGAAUGGAGUAGGCUCAGGAGAAUUUGUGGAUUGAGGAACAAUAGAACUAGGAAUCUAUGCAAGUCAACAAUGUUAACACAACAUCUGGAUCCGUUUGGCAUCCUUCAGAGCUGGCUGCUGUCUUUUAUGCUCUUCUUCAGAAAGAUUCCUUGGCUCCUUGUUCUCGAGGUCUCUUCUUGAAUUUCUGUCUCUCACAUUGAAUAACUUCCCAUUUAGUGCCUGAAUGCAAUGCAGUGAGGCAUAUACAAGUUUUUAUUUUAUUUUAUUUUAAACAAGUUCUUGUUAGUGCUAUUGUAACUCAACGGCUAUGGUGUAAUACAUAGAAAAUAAGGUUUAUAUGACUUCAAGCUUGUAAGAAGUAAAAGGGCAAUGAUACA